CGUGAAGAAAUCCAAUCUGAAAUAAUCUCCUAUCAAUUGUGACCUUACAGAUAAGAUAGUAGUCCCACUGUUUACGCUAGUAAUCAAAACACUGUGUGGGUGGAGAGAGAAUAAAUCAGCACGCGCACAUGUGGCAAAUCGCGAUCGCAAAUCGCCGAAAGAAGAUCGCAGCCAUGUGAAGUGGUGGGAAAAAAAUUCGUGUAUUUGUGCGCCAUGGUACAAAGCGUGAAUGUGUGAAUUUUACUCUUCACCAGCCAAAUGAAAUAUUUCUUAACAUUCAGUUCUCUCGUAAAAUCCCAACGAGCAAUACGUUAACCGAAAUCAGUCUCUUUUUGAGGGCUUUGAGGCAUUCAAGUAAAGGCGCAAUUAUGUCGAAGGUUGAGUCAACUAAUAGUGAAGUGACGCGUCCGGAUUGGCUUAAUGAGGAGUUUUUUGCCGAAAUCUACGCCAAAGAUGCACGUUUUGGGGGCAAGAAGAUCACUUUCAAAAUUCUCGGGUGCUCCUCUGUAGUCGAAAUUGGCGAUAACUACACUUCCACCAUGUAUCGUGUUAAAGUGGAGGCAACGCCUGAAAGUGAGGAGCCUGAGACGAACAACUUCAUCGUCAAGGCGAUGAUCCACACUGUGCCCAUGCUAAAGGAGUUCAGCGUCUUCCCCAUUGAGAUUGAGGCUUACGAGCAAGUCUUGCCAGUGAUGGAGAGCUAUUGGCGGGAAAUUGGGGAGGACAUUACCUUCGGUCCGAAAUGUUUGCAUACAAUUUCAGACCCCAACGAGAUAAUCGUGCUGAGUGACUUAAGGGAUGAGGGCUUUGUCAUGGGAAAUAGAUUCGAAGGUCUAGAUCUUCAGCAUGCUAAGCUUCUCCUCUCCAAGUUGGCCAAGUUUCACGCCACUUCAGUGGUCUUCAAAGAGAGAAAUGGAGCAUUUGGACCUAGACUUGGUCGUGAUGUCUUUGAUCCUAAGAUGAAAAAGAUGUUCGAUCAAUUCAUCAACGGAACUUUCCCAACACUGCUCAAGUUCAUUGAGUCUUCUGAGGAUCUGAAGAAAUAUUACCAUAUCAUCGAUGGCUGGAAGGAAUUUAUGUUUGAGAGAAUUCUCAAAGUUUCCAUUGUGCCCAAGGAAACCGAUGAAUUUUGCUCACUCAAUCAUGCCGAUAUGUGGAUCAACAAUCAUAUGUACAAGUAUGAUGAGAACAACUGCCCCGUUGAUGUAUUAUUUAUUGACUUUCAAAUGACUCACUGGGGCAGACCAGCUGUUGAUUUGAUGUAUUUCUUAACUUCAUCAGUGCAACCGGAGAUCUUUGUCGCGGAAUUCGAUGCUCUUAUCCAGCAUUAUCACACCAACUUGGUGGACGCAUUGAAACGCCUUGGCUCGCAAAAAACACCACCGAUGCUUAAAGAUAUUCAACUUCAAGUUCUCCAGAACAGUUUUUACGCGUGCAUGUGCAUCACAGGGAUCGUUGCCAUUGUCCUCAUGGACAAGAAUGAGAAUGCCACAAUCGAGAACUUCAUGGGAGAAAGCGAAGGAGGAGAUAUUAUGCGUCAAAAGAUGUAUUUCAACCCAAGAUAUGAGCACAAGUUGCGACUAAUCUUGCCAUUCUUGGAGAAAAGAGGAAUGCUUGAUGCAGACUUCGUUCCCGAAUCCGAAAUCAUUGCUGUUGAGCCGGACGCGCCAGCGCCUGCAUCAGCAGAAGUAUCAGAGAAUGGCACAGCUCCUGAGGAGCCCUCGAGAGACAGUCUGGAGAAGGCCAUCAAGGAGGAUGACAAGCAGAAAGAAGACACAAUUGUUGCCAAUGGUGUUCACGCGAAUGGUCUCGAAGCCAUUCCGGACGAUAAGAUAGCGCAAACUCCCAAAGACGUCAAAGAAGUGAACGCAUCGAAUGAUAAGGAGAAUGACGAGAAUGAGUCUGAGGAUGUAGAGGCCUUAAAAGCUCGUCAAAUCAUGUCGCCUAAUGACACAUCGCAGAAGGAGGAAAAGCCAAAGAGUGGCAAUCCAAAGUGGCUCAACAAAUUCUUCUUCAACGACAUUCUCAGGAAGGAAUUUGAGUCCUUCAAAGUCAUCCGAGUCGGCAUUGCUCCAGCAACGGGAAAAGGAGAGAACUAUGCAUCGGUCAUGUACAGGGUUAAACUACAAGUGGAGAAUAAGGAGAAACACGUGGUGCAGAGGAACUACAUCGUGAAAGCUCUUCCUGAUCUUGGCGUUAGUCAGGAUAUGAUUAAGCAAUUCAAUGUUUUUCCCAAAGAAAUCGAAAUGUAUGACAACAUUCUUCCGGCCUUUGAGAAGAUGUACGAAGAUGUUGGAGUUAAGAUCCGAUUUGGUCCAAGCUGCUUGAUGGCUGGAAGUGAACCCACCGAUGUAAUUGUCAUGGAGGACAUGAGCGAGAAGAGCUACAAGAUGGCAAACCGAAAGGUUGGCCUAGAUCUUGAUCAUUGCGAACUUCUUCUGGACAAACUUGCCAAAUUCCAUGCCGCUUCUGUGGUCUAUCGCGAGAAGAAUGGUCCCUACAAGGAGUGCUUCAAGAAUGGCAUCUAUUCUGAGAACAUGCGACCGAUGUUUAAGCAGUUCUUCGAGGCGAAUGCCAAAUUGUUUAUGGAAGUGAGCGAAGAAUGGGGCUUAACGCCCAAAUUUCGCCAACUCAUGACAACCUGGGAGUCUGGACUCAUGGAGCGAUGCUUUGAAAUUGUCAAGGAAGAUCCCAACUUCUUCAAUUGCCUCAAUCACGGAGAUAUAUGGUGUAACAAUUCCAUGUUUAAGUACGAUUCAUCUGGCAAAGUGAAGGAUUGCAUAUUGGUUGAUUAUCAAAUGUGCCACUAUGCUUCACCGGCCAUUGAUCUGAACUACUUCAUCUUCACGUCACUGCAAAAGGACAUUAGAUUGGCCAAGAUGGACCACUUGGUUCAAUAUUACCACACGCAAUUGGUCAGCGCCAUGAAGCUCUUGAAAAGCACAACCACGCCUCCAACUCUGUUGGAUCUCCAAAUUGAGAUGCUCAGGAAAAUGCACUACGGCGUCUCGUCGACAAUCGGAACCUUUGCCAUCUGCGUGGCUGAUGGCAGUGAUGAAUCUGAAAUGGAAACCUUCACGAGAACCGACGAAAAGGCCACGGAUUUCAAGAGGAAGGUGUACACAAAUCCCAUCUUUGUCGAUGCUCUGAAGCAACUAGUGCCAUUCUUUGACGCCAAGGGACUCCUUGAUUAAACACACUUUUAGAUAUGCAAUUGAUUGUCGAUAAUCAUGGACAUUGCACCGGAGUUAUCGCACCAUGAUAAUUUGUUUCAUUCCAAAAUCACAUGCACAGGAGAUAAAAAUACAAUUAUACAAAAAGCAGCAGCUCUUUUUAU